GGGAAGACACCACCUCCUGCCCCUUCAGCUGCAUUUGCCAAAAGGCCACCUGCAUUGCGCGCCCUGGCAUCGGGUGGUUCACCUCCAAACGAGUCCUCACCCUCCAUCACGACGUCUGGGGAUGGCACUACUCCGCCUCCCGCUAAUUACCCACCAGGGUUUAGGAGGGCAAGGGCAGGAACCUUACCUUCCAACGUUCAGCUCGCUGCCCAGCGCUUUGCUGCAGCAUCGACCACAUCAAACAGUUUCCCGGCUUCUACCGACGUCCCGGUUGACCAACCACCAAGACAGAUGCCUGUAGCACCCCCUGCACCUGUGGCGGUCCCCACUCGACCCAACUUGCGUCACGCCACAUCUGUCGCCUCAUCCGUGGCUUCGUCAGCAGUCACGGAGCGCAACAGCCGAUUGAGGUCGGGCUCCCUCACGUUGCCAACGGGCGGACUAUCCAACGCGUUUGGUCCGUCCAUCUUUUCUUCGUCUUGGCUGUCCUCUGCCAACGGCGGUGGUAAUGGUUUCUCCGUCCUUGAUGAGUUGCGGUCUGUCACAUCUGCUGACUCUGGAGCUGAUGAUUUUGACGUCCACACCCUUGAUUACCUUGGUUUGGACGACGCUCACCGGCCGCCACCUGCAGCCACAAUUUCCGAACUGCGCAACCAAGCUCAGGCAGCCAUCGCAGGAAAUCUCGCCAAUCCAUCGCGCAUGCGGGCUAGCACAGUAUCCAAUCCUUAUCGAACCCGACCUACCCCGUCCGGAUCUCUGCUGUCGACCCCAUUAGCUGCUGAGGAAGAAGAGGAAUAUUUCGAGAGCUACGAGGACCAUAGCUAUUCCCGCCAGCACCUCAGCCCUUACGAGGUGCCCACCCCUGAUGGAGGGUACUCGGCUGCAUCUUAUCUGGCGAAAGGUUUUAAGACUACGGAUCAUCUCGCUGCUGCGAGACCACGCGCGAUUUCUGUCGGAAUCCUCGACGAUCCCAUGCGAUCCAUCCAACGGCGCGCUACAACGGCUGAUACCCAUCCUUAUGCCGCCGAGCUUCCGAGUACUAACCUUCCCUCACUUGGAAUCAAUGUCGGAAACUCUUCGGGCGCUUCUGCAUACCUUCUAGCACCGUCUGCUCAAACACGAUCCGUCUCUCCCAAGUCAGAGGGUCAAAAUUCUCAGAUCCAAACGCCAACUCGUUCACUCUGGAUCGGAAAUCUUGACAGCGCGGUCACCAGUGAACAGCUUAUUCAUGUAUUUGCGCCGUAUGGCGCCAUUGAGAGUCUUAGGCUCCUCCCUGAAAAAGAGUGUGGAUUUGUCAACUUUGUCGACCAAGCGGAUGCCAUCAGAGCCAAAGAGGAUGUUCUAAAUCGUUUAGGAGGUAAUAUUGGAAUGCCAAACGGCCAAAUGGUUCGCAUUGGGUUUGGGAAAGCGGAUAGUGCUCCUGUUGCCCCGGCGAAGGGCAACUCGUCUAGUCCUGGUCCUACCUCUCCUGGUGCUGGUGUGGGUAAAUCUUCGGGCACCAAUGUGGGUCUAGGGGCCAUGGACGCGCAACUUCAAUCCACUCCGACAAGAGCGCUCUGGAUUGGUUCAAUACCUUCAACUACAACGCCUGCUACGAUAUUGAGCGUUUUUAGUCCUUAUGGGCCAAUUGAGUCCGCUCGUGUGUUGACUCAUAAGAACUGCGGUUUCAUCAACUUUGAACGUCUUGAUGACGCUGUUCGUGCUCGUAAAGCUCUGAACGGUCGUGAUGUGUUGGGAAGUGACGUUGGUGCUAUUAGGAUUGGCUUUGCCAAGGUGCCCGUCAAGAACGGCCAAGAAAGCAAUGGCGGUCCUGAGGAGAAUCCGAACGUGAUAGUUCAAGGUGUUGGUGACUUGAGCGUCGGAGCGACCAUCCACGCUUUGCGCGCAGUCAAGGGAGCAUCCACUAUUCCCGCGGAUCAACAAGUACUCGGUGGGGCAGUUGAAAAUUAUCGAUCAAACUUACUCCUUAGCAUGAUCGCAUCUGGCCUUCAUGGAAACACAUUUGGAUCAGACAAUCUCAAACCACCUGGCUGGGCGGCAUCCGUCACCGAGCAGCAAAUGAUAUUGCGCGAACUCAGCGCAGGAACUAGUGAUUCCGAGAGCGACAUUCAAGCGCUUGCAGAAUUUCGGCCCCCCACCAUGUACUACACCACAAUCCCUUUGGUAUCUGAGCGUCCCCACAAUAGACGGUGGGAUGCUUCCAAAUUGCGUGAACUCCGCAAACGUCUGGACUCAGGCACGAUGACUGUGGAGGAAACCGAUCAAGUUGCGGCCGAUUUCUUGGACGGGGAGAUUGUCGAUCUCGCCUCGGACUGGCUUGGAAAUACGGUUGUCCAAAAGCUCUUUGAACGGUGCUCCCCAAAUCCCAGAUUUGCCAUGCUUGAGCGUAUCUGUCCCAAUCUUGCAAUGAUUGGCAUUCACAAGAACGGCACAUGGGCCGCUCAGAAAAUCAUUGAAUGUGUUACAACGCCUGAAGAAGUCGCCUUGAUUGCUCAGAAUCUUCGGGCAUAUGCACCCCCGCUUCUGUUGGACCAAUUUGGGAAUUACGUCGUACAGUGCUGUCUGCGUUUUGGCGCCCCUGCUAAUGAUUUCAUUUUUGAUGCCAUCGUCGAUCGUAUGUGGGAAGUCGCCCAAGGUCGAUAUGGAGCACGCAGCAUGAGAGCCUGCUUAGAGAGCCCUCACAUCACAUUAAGCCAACAGCGUCGCAUCGCAACGGCAGUCAUCCUUAACUCUAUCCCGCUGGCCACUAAUCCCAAUGGUGCACUAUUACUGAACUGGCUUCUCGAUACUUCUGGUUUCCCAUCUCGAUACAACCUUUUAGCACCUCGCUUCACCCCUCACCUUUCCCAUCUUUGCACACACAAGCUCGCGUCUCUCACCGUUCUCCGUAUUGUCAACCAGAAGAUCGAGCCCAAUGCUUCUCACCAGAUCGUAGAAGCUCUUUUCUCGUCACAAGGCGAUCACGUUCUCACUGAUGUUUUGGGUGAUCAAGUGAACGGUGUUGCUGUUGUUAUCAAAAUCCUCACCAGCCCUUUCAUUGAACCCACGGAAAAACACAUCUAUAUUGAGGCUACAAAGAGGGUUCUUAUAGAAUUAAAAGUAAUCGCUACUCAAGCAUAUCGCAAGCUUAUUGAGGAGGUCGGGUUGCCCGUCCCCAACUAUCAGCCGACGUACGCAACCAACAUGCCACCGAAUGGCAAAUCUUCAAAAGCCAUGUCGCAAAAUUUUGGCGUUCCUGGCCUUCCCUCCGGUUACCCUUCUAAUGAUCAAGGAUUGGCUUCUAUGAUGGCUGCAUUACAAAUGGGCGGUCAGAAUCCUCAAGCUGGCCCACCCCAACUUCAUAUUGAUCCUACCUUCAAUUCUGCAAGUGCUGGCGCUCCCCGACGUGUUCCCCCCAACACCAUAAACACCUUCUCUCCUUCUUCAGAUCCUUUCAACCCCUUUGCAAUGCGUUCUCCUGAGGUUAGCAGUCCCCGACAA